AUGGGUAUCAGUUCAGUUCCUUUUGACCUGGUUUACUUUUGGAUUCAUGUUCAUGGUCUUCCUCACGAAUGCACAACAAAGGACAUGGCAAUCAAAGUUGCUGGCAAUUUCAAGGAGUGGGAGGUAGUGGAAAUCCGUGAAGAGCUUGGGAAGGGGAGUAGAUUCAUGAGGUUAAGGGCUGCGGUGAACAUUACAGUUCCCUUUUGUCACGGAAUUAAACUCUGGGAUAGGAUGGGGGAAACCCACUUUGCCUUUUUCAAUACGAAAGGCUUCCAUAUGUGUUAUCACUGUGGUAAAGCGGGGCACACCAUGAAGCAAUGGNAUGAGAACAAAUCUGGUUCAUCGGAGGUUGUGCCGGUGGUACCUGUUCCGAUUCCAGAUUUGGGGCUUGAUCAUAGGCAGAUUCAAGGGGAUUCUAGGAGUGAUGCAAGGCCGGAAAUCAGGGACAGUUAUCAGAGGGCUUCCACUGUUAAGGAGGGAUUCUCGGAGAAGGCAAUCUCCUCCCAGAUUUACGGGAAAGUUGCGAUGAUUGGUUUAAAUAAGGACAGGAGGGAAGGGGGAAUUUUAGACGGGAUUGAGGUGUUGGGCUCUACAAAAAUUGUACAGGCCCCUUCGGUGAGUGAACUAUAUGAGGUGGGCAUAAUCUCAGAUAAUCCAAAUACGGCCCAUAUGGAGCAGUUGGAGUCUGGAACAAACAUGGGCUCUGUCAUUGGAAAUCCAAAAGACCCAAUCCAACCAGAGGACAUUUCUUUAUCCGGAGAAAGGUCUUUAUCUGAGCUAAACAUUGGGGCGGUUAGGGCGUUGAAGCUGGCUGGUAAAGGCAAAGGAAAAGGGAAGUGGUCUCGCAAGGCUAAAUCUUCAAUCCCAGCUGAAAAUUGGAAAGUCCAAGAGGUUAAGGUGGGGGGUAAGAGGAGGGGAGUAGAUUCAGGGUGUUCAACUGAUUCUGGAAAAAGAAAUGCUUCUCAUAAGAAGGUUCAUGUAUUACUUCUCAAUUCACCAUCAUCGGCGGAGAUUGUUGAUCAGUCCCACCGGGAGCUAUGA